AUCAAGAACCUCUACUGUGCUUUAUAUAUUGUAGGACCUCGCUUGUCACCAAACAACUAGAUAUUCUCGGGUUUGAUACAACGUUCGGCCACCUCUAGGGUGCGGCAGUUCUUGAAGAAGACUAGGUAGCCCGGACAACUAGCCGUUUGUAGACUAGCUGCGCAUUCUAUAAUCCUUCAGGUCGGCCUAAACGCACCGAUCGCAAUAUCCGCCUGCACUGAACAGGGCCUCUCCAUGAAGAUCGAAGGCAUCAUGACGAAUUGAAAUGAUGCCUGCCGACACAGCCGCACGAUCGGCAGCCGAGAUAACCAAAAGACCCUGUUUUGGCCCCAACAAGGAAAAAUAAUCUGCCAACCCUGAACCACCCUGCAACCUCGGCGGAGCAUCUCAUUUGUCCCUGAAUGUAAUUUAACACGGUCGCAAUCCUUUGCGCUGUCAGUUUUCAGCCCCAGUCAUGUCGGACGAAGAAUAGGAAGAGGAGAAUACCCCGUCUGCUUUGCUCCCUGCCCUACCUUUCUUUCUCAUGGUCCGUUGUAUAGAUCGCCCGGGUCCUGCGUGAGAAGGAUAACACUCGUUUUUGUUCCCAUCUUGAUUCGCUUGGCCCCGUGAAAAAUAUUUGAAAAACAAUGCGAUCAUCUGUAAUACUUGGCGUCUGUCGCCUGAUCCUCCUUGCACCAUUACUGUCCAGCACAACGUCUGCAGCGGAUAACCGAACAUGUUACAUGGUCGACGAAAAGACAGUCGCCGUCGACGAUGUGCCCUGCACCACGAAAGAGACCACCCACUGCUGUAACAAGAAUGACAUCUGCAUGUCAAACGGCCUCUGUUGGGUCCAAAGUACCGGCAGUAUGGUUUUAUCACGAGGCAGUUGCACCGAUAUAAACUGGGAUGGUGAUUGCGUCGCGGCAAGACCAUGUGCCCGCUCGAAUCCGUCAUCCGGAUACCCCGUUGUCAACGCCGAUAUCGCGAACCACCAGUUUUGCUGCGGCUCGGUCGUCAGCUCCUCCGCGUCUGAUGGAAUUAAGUGCUCGGGUGACGGGCCGUUCGUUGUCCCCACUGGUACCGUUAUUCCGGGUGUCGCCGCAUUGGCAUCCGUGGCCUCGACAUCUGCUCCUAGUUCUAGCGCCACUCAUCCCGCUGGUAAUAAUAACGACACAUCAUCAUCAUCAUCAUCAGAGAAACCGGAGAAACCCAGCGACCAGUCAACAAAGCUUGCUAUCGGGCUGGGACUUGGUCUCCCACUGGGUAUCAUUGCGGCCACUGCGUUGAUUUGGGGUGCCUGGGAGAGAAAGAAGACCGUAUCUGCCAGAAGGGAAAUGGAUCAGUUGAAGGCUGCGAUGUACCAGAAUUAUCAGUACGCUCCGGUGCCACAAAUGCAGGCUCCACCCCCGGUCGAGCUGGGCCAUAACGAGCAUACUGGUGCGGCGGAGUUGCCGCCUGGGGGCCACAACAAGUGAUGAAAGUGGAAAGCCUGGGUUCACGCAAAUUCGCAACUAUACUUGAUGAUAGCGAGCUCUAUGUUUUAUAAUGACACGCGCAUUCUCAGUCGAGUCGUGUGUUGGAACACCGUCGGCACUGCCUGAGUCAAGGUCCAUACAGCGCUUCCUGCGUAUCGCGGUAGUGUAGAAAGAAAGAAUUCUGCGAUGCUUGGCCCCAUCAGCCACAACAAAGGGAGUACCAGACGAUUGUCUAGGCCAUACUCAUGAUAGUGCUAUCAGUAGGGGGUACUUGCUAUAGAGUCGAAUAGGCCGAUCACUACCCAGGAGCGUAUUUUCGCGCCUCGAGUAGUUUAACUGUUCACCACUCAGUCUUGUCACGUGUUCUUCUGGUGGAGUCCUGAACCAUGAUGUCCUUAUACUUUCGAUAUAAAGGGUGACCUAAACGACUAAAUCCGCAUCUUCGGCGUUCUUGCACAAUUGAACCAGUGUUGUGGCGCAGUCUACUCCGACUGCUGCCUUACUAUGCCUCCUGAGCUCUCUUAGUCAGCGUACAGCUUAUACAU